AUGACAGCAGCAACCAUCAUCAACACGGCGCUCCGGAUGAACGAGCAGCAGCGGCGGGACAGCCCCGAGCCGCUGUUCCGAGCCGCCGCGGUGUUUACCAGGCGGAGCCCGGGGCUGCCCGCGGCCCCGGCCCCGCCGCCCGGGCCCUGGGCGCUGAAGGCGCUGCCCGCGCUGCUGCUGCUGCUGCUGCUGGCGGCGGGCGCGCUGGGCAAGCCCACGGCGAGGCAGGAGCGGGCCCGGCCCGCAGCCGCGCAGCACGAGGACCGGCCCGGCUUCCAGUACGACCACGAGGCCUUCCUGGGCAAGGAGGAGGCGCGGAGCUUCGACCAGCUCAGCCCGGAGGAGAGCCGGGAGCGCCUGGGGAAGAUUGUGGAUAGAAUAGAUGAUGACAAAGACGGCUAUAUCACAACAGAGGAAUUAAAAACCUGGAUUAAACGAGUACAGAAACGUUACAUCUAUGAAAAUGUGGCCAAAGUUUGGAAAGACUAUGAUCUAAACAAGGAUGAUAAAAUUGCCUGGGAAGAAUACAAACAAGCCACAUAUGGUUAUUAUCUAGAAAAUCCAGAAGAAUUCCAAGAUGCAACGGAUCAGCACAGUUUUAAGAAAAUGCUGCCCAGAGAUGAAAGACGAUUCAAAACUGCAGAUCUGGAUGGAGACUUGGCUGCCACUCGUGAGGAGUUCACUGCUUUCCUGCACCCAGAGGAGUUUGAGCACAUGAAAAACAUUGUUGUCCUAGAAACCUUAGAAGACAUAGACAAAAACGAGGAUGGUUUUGUGGAUCAAGAUGAGUACAUUGCUGAUAUGUUUGCAAAUGAAGAGGGUGGACCAGAGCCCGACUGGGUGAUUACAGAGCGUGAGCAGUUCUCAGAUUUUCGUGAUCUCAACAAGGAUGGAAAGAUGGACAAAGAUGAGAUCCAGCACUGGAUCCUCCCCCAGGACUAUGACCAUGCACUAGCUGAAGCCAGGCACUUAGUCUAUGAAUCUGAUGUAGACAAGGACCAAAAACUAACAAAAGAGGAAGUUCUAGACAACUGGAAUAUGUUUGUUGGAAGUCAAGCUACUAAUUAUGGGGAGGACCUCACGAGAAACCAUGAUGAGCUAUGAUGCAGUGUGCCACACAUCUUUUCUCCACUUCACUGAAAUCACCAUGUCCCUCCCCUCCUGGAGGGAAGAUGGGCAAGGGACACUCACAACUGAAUGACUUGCAUUAAUAUUAUUUGUAACAUGCCAGCUUAUUACCUCAGAAACCACAUAGAAAUAGCUUUUUACUCCUUUCACAUGGUUAAAUACAGUAUAUAGUUACUACAGUUUUAUUUUUGAAAAAAUUAAGAAGGUUACUUUUGUGAAUAGGUUAGAGCCUGACAUGGAAAAAGCACUUCUAAAAACAUUGCAAAGAUCUUUAAUAGCCAAGUAUUUUCUUCAAAUACCCACUUUUACCAUAGUGAAAUGCACCUAGGAUUAGAACCCUAAUGUUUAAACAGACUUAAGUUAUUUAGUUGUCUUUUCUAAUAGCAUGUAAUGGUUUAGAGGUAACCCUUUGAGCCUCCUUCCUACCCAGAGAAGAGUUUGAUACCAGCUUUGUCUCCACACAGUUUCUGUGUGCCGGUUGGGUCAGUGCUGCUGCAGGAGUGUCCAGCAGCCCCCUGGCUCCUGCUUCCAUGUGCAAAUGCACAGGUGGUCUUGUCCCUGGCCCUGGCAUUCCCAGCCAGGGAUGCAGAGUCCAGCCUGACAGCUGCUCGUUCCACAACAGGGUAAUGUACAACUGUUUGUGGGCCCUUGGCCUUGCUGCUUCCUGGGAGGAAUUGUGCCACAUGGAGCAUAGUUUACCUCCUGCUUUUCACACUUUACCCCAGCCCUGCUCUUGUUCACGCAGUGUGAAUGGCAGCAGCUCUGUGAUGGAGAAAGAAUGAGACAUAUCAGCCCUCUGGGCCUUCUGUCUCCUCUGCCACUAAGAGGACAGAUUCUUGUGGCUGAAGUUCUGGGUUUGUGAGUUUGUACCUAUAAGUACAUGUUACUGAAGCAACUCUAAAGACAGCUCUCCUUCCAAAAAAGGGGGGAAGCUUUCCACACAGGUGCUUUCUUUUUUACUGUAUAAUGUGAGUUGUUACAUGUAUAUUUUUAUAUAACCAACUUCUCUAAGUUUGGUUGUUUUUAACUGUACUGGUUUUUAAAAGAAGCACAAUAAAACCAAUACUUCUUUUUGAUACUGUGAAGGUGCAAUAACAGUAACACAGAGUAGCAGAGAGAUGAUGUGAAAACACAAACCAAGCCUCUAAAGCCAGUAGUUCCCAAAGCACUGGGAUGGUUAUUUCCAAAAGCAUCUGGAUAUACAGCCCCAACUGUUCUUCAUCACCUCAUUAAAUAAAAAGAGAAGCCAAAAA